AUGGCCAAAAAGAAUAAGGCAAAGAAGGACAAGGUCGAAAAAAGAAAGAAUCAGAAGAACGAGGACGCUCCCCCUGCUUUGCCUGAGCUGGAGCCUGAAGAGGUGGCGCCUGAAGAAGUCGAUACGUCCAAAGAGGUCAAGUCACCUUCUUUGAGUGCACAAAAGGAAGUUGCUUCCUUGGAGGACACAGAAGAUAUUUCUCCUGCUGCAGAGCAAGUCGAGGCAUUACCAGAGAUAGUGGAAAGCAACCUAGCCGAAAUCGACAACAAGGACGACGUCGAAGAGCACCAAGAAAACCAAGGACUAGAAGAGCAGCAAGACUUUGAAGAGCAACACGAUCAUCGACGUGAGCCACAAGAACAAGGUCCCGAAGAGCAACAAGAACCAGAAGAAUUACAGCCUCCUGAAGACUGGAGCAUGAUUGCACCCCACCAACCGACCAUCCAAGACGAUGAUUCGGCUUCAAUGAAGAGCAAGAAGCAUUCACACGCCAAGUCAGUUAGCGGGAGGUCAUCUGGUACCGCACCAAGAAAGGACCUCACAGAAGAGAAGGAUACUUUCGAAGAUGCUAAAGAUGAAUCAGUGGAAGUAGUGGAAAUGGUCCAUCCCAAACAAGCUCUUGAAGAGAGACACGAGGAACAUGAAGCUAUCACAGACACACUGGAUGCCGAACACGAAGACCAAGAGUCAGUGCCAGUUGAGGUGUACGAAGUAAAAGAAGAUGAUGUUGCUCCGGAACACACCGAAGAAGCACCCGAAAACCAUAUAGAAGAGGCACAAGAGGCCGAACAGAUUGUCCCAGAAACUGAGCCAGCCGAAGACAAAGAGCUACUCGCAGACGACCACCAAGUACAAAUAGAGGAGGAACCAAAGGAAAUUGCAGAAGAAGAAGAAGAAGAAGAAGAACACCAAGACCACCCGGAGGAUGUUGCUCCCGAAGUAGCUGACAACAUGUCAUCAAAACACUCCAUUUCCGGGGUCUCUCAUGCCGGACCUGCACCCUUGCCAUCACCCGUACCUAGUGAGCCACGCUCUGUACAUUCUCCAGCCAUCCCUUCCGACCAUCCCCUCUCCCGUCAUGGCUCGCCUAUGAUGUAUCACACCUCACCACAAUACAGAUACGCAAGCCCUACAAUGCAAGCAUACAGUCCAUACAUGAUGGGAAUGCAUCCCGCACAAAUGCAUCCAGGCAGUGUUGCUCCAUCUUCCGCCAGCUUCGCCACGGCUUACCCUAAUGCCUAUCACUCUCCCAUGAUGGAACAUACACCCAUGGCAUCUCCUCAUAUGUAUCCCCGUCGCUCGAGCACAUAUGCAAAUGGCGCAAGAGACUAUUACAACGGCCGCAUGGAUCGUACAUUAUCUGGUGGAAGCGGGAACAGUCAUGCACAUAGCCAGCGCAUGGAAAAGACAAACAGCCACACUAACAAUGAGGACGACCAUCACGAACACCAUCAUCUCAUGGGAAGGGUUGAAAAAGCUAUGCCAGAUCUCAGUCGCAUGUUGGAUAGUUUCAAGGAAACCCGCAACAAGCUUCAGGCUAGAGAAGCAGAAUUCAAGCAGUUGCAGUCACAACACGAACAAGCCAUCAUGCACAAAGAUUUCUACAUAGAGGCGCUUCAAGGUCAAAUGAAGAAGGCUGCUACGGAGACGGCGGAGGAGUACGGCAAGUUCAAGGACAUUAUCAGCGGUCUUCGCGUGGAUCUGUCGAAUCAGCAAGAUAGAAUCAAGGACUUGCAACAGUUUCUCGAUACAUCGCGGAAACAGAAUGAGGAACUUGAGCAAAUCAAAUCGGAGCUUGAGUCGGAGAUCCGCACUCUUGAGAAGAGGGUUGAAGAGAUGCAGAUGGAUCAUGAGAGAGCACUUGAAGAGGCGAAGGAACAUGAACGAGCCGAACUGUCGAUGCAAAAGGAGGAGUUGACGAAUCUGUUCGAAGAGAUCAGGACCGAGGACGAGACUGCCGCCAAUGAACGGUACAACGAGCGUGAAAAGGAGCUUCUUGAAGUGCAGGAAACGUUGAAAUCUGCAUGGGAAGAGAAGCAUCGCGAAUUGGAAGAAGCGCAUGGCAACCUAAAGACUGAACAUGACGACAAACACGCCGAACUUGAGAGGACUCUUGCCGACUUAAAAGCUGCAAAGAAUGAUUUGCAGGCAGUUCGUGAUUCGCUUGUGAGCAAGUCAGAGGACUUGGAGACGAAAGAGAACGAGCUUGAGACGACUAAGGCGGAACUCGAAGAGAAACUGGGGGAAGUCAAGAAAGCUCAGGAUGAACUUCACUACAAGCAGGAGGAACUACAAGCGACACAAGCUGAGUUGCAGUCGACACUUGAGGAGCUCGUGACCAAGAAGGCGGAGUUAGAAGGCAAGCAUGCCGAGUUGGAGGAUGCUCACAAGCGACAUGCGGAGGAGAAGGGACAGCUUAUCGGGUCUCAUUUCACCGAACUCGAUAACAUUCGUGAUGUUCACGCAACGGAGAUUAGCAACCUGCGCACCACACACGAAACCAAUGCAAAGGAACUCCAAGACCGCCUUGACAAAUUCGCAAAGGACUUUGACGAAAAAGAAAGGACAUGGGCAGCUGAGAAAACCAUGCUCCAACGACAACUUCACGAGAAACUGGACGAAUUGGCCGGCAUUGAACGAGAAAAGGACGCUUUGGAACGAGACGAUGUUGUCCGCGAACGUCACCUACAAUCCGCGGUCGAAGAAAUGCGCCGAACAAUCGACAACAUGGAAAACGACAGAGAAAAGCUGCGAAAGACAUUGCAGAGUCUUGGGGAAGCCACGGAUUUAAAGUCUUCAAAGGGUGAUCAAUUCUUUGUCGACCAAUUUGGUCAACUCCGACGCUUGAUCGUCGAACUCUCCAAGGAGCACUUUUCCUAUCUUCCCAUCGAUCCACCAAAGGAUAUUCUCGAGAAAAUACCCUCUGAAAUGCCGUCCUUUCUCGACAACACCGUCGCAUCUCGGGAACUGCGGUCUGCCUACAUCCAACACGUCGUCUCUAAAACCUUGACGUACCGCAUCUUCCAACCUUUCCUCUUCACCUUGGGCCGCAGGUACGACAAAGCCGAUACCUUUUUCCAGGUGUUGUCGAUGGACAUCCGCCGCAAAUCCGUCCGUCGUGAAGCGUUCUGGAGACAACAGACACUAAAAGCAGCCUACACCACCUCAGACGCAAAGCAGUCCAUCAAUGUUGUCGCAGCUGUGAUUGUAGAUGAAAUUGUGGACCACAUCAAGCAUUUCGCGGAUCCAAAACAAUUAGAUGCAUUGUUGAGUGGCAUCCGACGCAUCGUCAAGCUUGCGGCUGAGACAUGGAGGCAUGCGCGCGUUGAGAGGGAGCUUGUACUUGCUACUAUGCCAGCGCCAGAGUCGGAUGGGGAGGUCAACGAGGGCUGGGAAGAGUAUACCUGCGGCAGAUCCUCGCCUGAGUCCAGCCCAAGUGGCAGCGCCGUAAGUGGUGGUCGACAUGUCCUACUACGAGUGUUUCCGCGUAUAUACAGGGAAGCGGCUCAUGAAGACUUUAUUGCGGAUGAUAAGGAGAAGAUGAAUGCUUGUGUCUAUUUCCCGGGUUCCAUUCUCUAUUCCGAUUCUCCUUCAGUGCUUGCGAGGAGGGAAGAGCAGGGUCAGAAGGGGAGUGUGAAUGGGGAAACAACACGUUCUUCGAGCCCAUAA